UCAGGGAUACGGUCCUCGGUCAGUUGUGAAGCGCGGCCGUGCCUGACUGCGGAGGGAGGAACCAUCCAAUCACCUUUGGGCUGGCGCAGGAAGGAGGCGGAACUCAGUCCAAGCCGGCCGGCGAGGGCAAACAUCGAGGACGCCGUCCUCCCCUUUCGAUAUGGCGGCGGCGUGCGCCCCUGGCUGUCUCCUGCUGUUGUUACGGAGGAGACGCCGGGGUGGCUUUUUUCUCCUGCCGGCGUCCGGAAACGCGUUCGCCAGCAACCGCAGGAGGCGCAGCUCCCUCAGCAGCGUUGCCAGUACUGAAGCAACUAUUAUCUCAGGGACAAAGCUGGCUGCACAAGUCUGUGGGGAGAUACAAAAGGAUGUAGAAUCUUGGCUUGCCCGUGGAAACAAGAGGCCUCAUCUCACGGUUGUUUUAGUAGGAGACGAUCCAGCCAGUCAUAUAUAUGUGAGAAAUAAAGUAAAAGCAGCGGCAGCUGUAGGCAUCUGUAGUGACAUAAUACUGAGGCCCAAAGAUAUUUCUCAGGAAGAGCUUUUAGAUCUAACUGGCAAAUUAAACAAGGAUUCAAGAGUCAGUGGUAUAUUAGUCCAGUUACCUCUACCAGAUCAUAUUGAUGAAACAAUUGUGUGUAACAUGGUUGCACCUGAAAAGGAUGUGGAUGGAUUUCAUAUUUUCAAUGUAGGACGACUGUGUCUUGACCAGACUUCAGUUAUACCUGCCACUGCUGCUGCUGUUUGGGAAAUAAUAAAAAGAACAGGAAUACAAACAUUUGGAAGAAAUGUUGUUGUAGUUGGGAGGUCCAAGAACGUUGGAAUGCCUAUUUCAAUGCUUUUACAUACUGAUGGAGGACAUGAAAGGCCUGGAGGUGAUGCUACCGUAACAAUUACUCACAGAUACACACCAAAAGAUCAGCUGAAGAUCCAUACUCAGCUUGCUGAUAUUGUAAUAGUUGCUGCAGGUAUCCCAAAGCUGAUUACUUCUGAUAUGAUUAAAGGAGGGGCAGCAGUGAUUGACGUCGGUAUCAACCAUAUCCGUGAUCCUCUCACAGGAAAGACCAAGUUAGUGGGGGAUGUAGACUUUGAAGAGGUAAAGAAGAAAGCUGGCUUUAUCACCCCUGUGCCAGGAGGGGUAGGACCAAUGACAGUUGCAAUGCUUCUGAAGAAUACAUUGAUUGCUGCUAAGAAACUUAUUUACUAAGAUCUGUGAAUUUGAGCCAUUCUAUUUAUUGAUACAUAUACAUUUAUUUUUAUUACAAAUAUAUUUAUUUCUAACUUGUAUUUAUUUAUGUCAGAAUAUUGACAAUAAGUUUCUUUGCAAACUUACAAAAAUGUUUGUUGUUCUUCUGCUGAAUAUGCAUCUAAUGGCUUCGUGUAUGGAUGGGUGUAAUUUCUAUACAUAAUUCUAGUGUUAGCACCCGGUCCAAAUUUAAGAUGUGCAGGUUUUUGCAAAACAGACCUUGACAAUGGGAAUUCCAUUGCAAAACAAAAUGAGAUCUUGGCCUGAGCAUCAACUGCAUGCCAUUCUAACCAAGGAUAAUCAAAAGGGCUCAUAUUUUAACAACAUUAUGCAUACAUGGGGAAACUCCCAGAUCUCACUAUGCUCAGUACAAAUAAUUCAGGAAUUUCUCUCGGAAAAGUCAGAUUUUGAUAGCUGAAUAUGUAUGAAAAUACUAAAAAGUAAAUUAUGUGUAAUUUUUGAAGCACGCUCAGUAUUUGUUGUUGCUGUAAUCCUGUCUGAGGUGAAAAAUUAAUACACUUCAUAGCAAUUU